AUGAAACUUGAUGUCCAAGUUAUCUCUACCGACACCAUCAAACCCUCUUCGUCCACCCCUGACCGCCUCCGGCAUCACACUCUCUCCUUCGUUGAUCAAAUUGCACCUUCAAUUUUUAUGCCUUUUCUUCUCUUCUACCCGAGAGAUGGUGUUGCUCAUCUCAGCAACGAAGAACGCCAAACCCGGAUUAAGAAAUCCUUAUCCGAGGCCUUGACAAGAUUUUACCCUCUAGCAGGACGGAUUAAAGACAAUUUUCACGUUGAUUGCAACGAUGAGGGGGUCCACUACGUGGAAGCCAAGGCCACGUGCCAACUUUCCGAAUUUCUUGAGGAUCCAAACCCAGAUGAGCACAACAAAUUCCUUCCAUAUGAACUGGACGAUGUGAAUGAAGUAGCCUUAGCCGUCCAACUUACCACCUUCGACUGCGGUGGCAUCGUGAUCGGUGUGGUCUUCGCCCACAAGGUUGCGGAUGCUUCCUCUUUAAUCUUCUUCCUCAAAAGUUGGGCAGCUAUUGCUCGUGGUAGUAGCAACAUAGCCACUCCACACUUUGAAUCAGCCACCAUCUUCCCGCCGGUAACUUCACCUAGCUUUAUUUUAAGCAGGCUAGGUACCGGAAACGACAAGAUUUCGACAAAGAGAUUUGUGUUCGAGGGGUCUGCAAUAGCGGCUCUAAGAGACAAAUACAGUACCGACGACACCAACAUCGAAUACCCACGCCCCACUCGCGUGGAGGCCUUAUCAGCUUUUCUAUAUAGUCGCUACCUUGCCGCCACUCAACCGGACCCCAGUAAGCUCUACUCCCUAUGUCACGCAAUCAACGUGCGAACGAGGUUGGACCCGCCUCUUUCGGAAAAUUACUUUGGAAACAUUUCCCUGAGCACGGGCUUUGUAAUUUCCAGUGACACUAAGGAUGUGUUUCGCCGCAUUGUUAUUCCGCUGAGAGAUGCCAUAAGUAAAGUCGACAUGGAUUAUGUGAAAAGUUUCCAAACGAGUGGUGGGAGCUCUAAUGUUUUUUUAGAUAACUUGGAAAGAUUCAGGAAAGGAGAGGUGAUCCUGUUGGCCUUCACGAGCUUGUGCAGGUUUCCCGUUUAUGAUGAGGCGGAUUUCGGGUGGGGAAAGCCUGUGUGGUUUGCCUCGGCUAAAUUGCUGUUCAAGAAUCUAUUUGGUUUCUUUGACACGAAAUCGGGGAAUGGAAUAGAGGCAUGGAUUAACUUGGAUGAGGAAGACAUGGCUAAAUUCGAAGUCGACAAGGAACUCCUAUCAUAUGUUUCGUCGGCAAAAGUUUCUGCGAUUUAG